AUGGACGCCAUUGCUAUUAUGGGCCACAUUAGUUAUGAUUUGGCUCAACGAAGACGUGAUGUUAUUCGUCCAACACUCAAUAAGGAGUAUGCUACACUGUGUGCUUCCCAUGUGCCUGUUACCACUUUGCUUUUCGGGGACGAAUUGCAAACACAACUGAACCACAUACGGGCAUCGAAUAAAAUAAAAAAUACGGCAAGUGGUUCCCAAUAUUAUCCACCAAGGCGCCAUUUCUCGCCUCAACAGGCACCAGCCAGAUCUGGUCAACAAAAGCCUUUUUUAUGGAAACAGCCGCCUCAGAGCGGCAAACCCCAAUACAGGAGAAAAUACAAACAAUAUCGGUCCAAUCAACCGGGGAAUCAGGAAAAUCAAUGA